CGUCACGGACAUGCGCAGACUGUUCCUCGUCGCAGGCCGUCGUGUUCUUCGAGCUACUGAAUAAUUCCGUGCGUUUUCAGUACGUUCUGCCGUCCGCUACCUGCCGCUAUAGUUGACCAGCUUUUGAGCGGAGUGCGAGCGCUUCCGAGGAGACCUCCCCCGCUGGAGCAGGCCACUGAAUCAGGAGUCCGAGGAACUGAGCUCGAGUUUCCGCCUCUAGAUCUAUUCGACGGCAGUCAGUCUGACCCACGCCGAUGGCGGUCACCGUACAGGAGCUGUACCGUAACUAUGGCAUCCUGGCGGACGCGAAGGACGACCUGAGCCAGCACAAAGAUGCAUAUCAGGCCAUCCUGGACGGGGUGAAGGGGGGCCCCAAGGAGAAAUGCCUGGCUGCGCAGUUCAUCCCCAAGUUCUUCAGCCACUUCCCUGAACUGGCCGACGCAGCCAUCAACGCUCAGCUGGACCUGUGUGAAGACGAGGAUGUCUCGAUCCGGCGCCAAGCCAUCAAGGAGCUGCCUCGAUUCGCAGCUGGCGAAAACCUGCCCAGGGUUGCGGACAUCUUGACACAGCUGCUACAAACAGAUGAUUCUGCCGAAUUCAACCAAGUUAAUACAGCUCUGAUCUCAAUCUUCAAGAUUGACGCAAAGGGCACUCUCGGGGGUCUGUUCACACAGAUCCUGCAGGGCGAGGACAUCGUUCGUGAGAGGGCCAUCAAGUUCCUGUCCACAAAACUGAAGACUCUGCCUGAGGAAGUAAUGACCAAGGAGGUUGAGGAUUUCAUCUUCACCGAGAUUAAGAAGGUGUUGGAGGAUGUGACGGGUGAGGAGUUUGUGCUACUCAUGCGCAUCCUGGCUGGCCUGAAGAGCCUGCAGACCGUGAGUGGGCGACAGCAGCUGGUGGAACUCGUGGUGGAGCAGGCCUUCCUGGAGCAGGCACUGAACCCUGCUGAUGCCGACAGCGUGGACCGGCUGCUGCAGUGCACACGCCAGGCCUUGCCUCUCUUCUCGAAAAACGUGCAUUCCACACGCUUCGUGACAUACUUCUGUGAGCACGUGCUGCCCAACCUCAGCAUGCUGACGAGUCCUGUGGCCGAGCUGGACAUCCAGCUGGAGGUCCUGAAGCUGUUGGCAGAAAUGAGUAGGUUCUGUGGUGACAUGGAGAAGCUGGAGACCAACUUGAAAAUUUUAUUUGAGAAGUUGUUGGAGUUCAUGCCCUUGCCCCCAGGGGAGGGUGAGAAUGGAGAGCAUUCUGGGAAUGAGGAGCCCAGGCUGCAGUUCAGCUACGUCGAGUGCCUGCUCUUCAGCUUCCACCAGCUGGGCAAGAAGCUGCCUGACUUCCUUAUUGACAAGAUCAACACCGAACGUCUAAAGGACUUCAAGAUCAGGUUGCAGUACUUUGCUCGUGGUCUUCAGGUGUACAUCCGCCAGCUUCGAGUCGCCUUGCAGGGCAAGACUGGGGAUGCCCUGAAGACAGAAGAGAAUAAGAUAAAAGUGGUGGCUCUGAAGAUUACAAACAACAUCAAUGUCCUGAUCAAGGACCUCUUCCACAACCCUCCCUCCUACAAGAGCACAAUCACACUGUCCUGGAAACCUGUUCAGAAGAUGGAUGUGGUGGGUCAGAAGAGACCAUCAGGGGAAGAAGUGGCACCUGGGUCAGCAAUGAAGAAGGUUUCGCCACUCCCCAGGAGGGAUGCCAGGCAGAUCUACAACCCCCCCAGUGGGAAAUAUAGCGCCACCAUUGGCAACUUUUCUUAUGAGCAGCGUGGAGGGUUCCGAGGAGGCCGUGGCCGAGGCUGGGGAGGAAGAGGCAACAGGAGCCGGGGCCGAAUCUACUGAGCUGGACUCGCGCCUGUCCUCCUGGUAGUGCGCUGAGGAGCAGGACUCGCAGCAGCAGUGGGGUCCUUCUCUCCGGUCUCUCCCACAUGUCAGCAGCUUGCUGUGUCCACAUGGCCCCCCCCUUCUCUGCAGUCACCUGAGAAGUGAACUUUGACACUCUUUUUAAAUCAAGCCAGCAAAAGAAGACAUCAAGUUGUGAACUUUUCUACAAUUUAUUUUUCUUUGCGAUUCACCAAGUAGUUUUAUGGAUUUGGUUUCAUACGGACGCAUUUCUGUGCAACAAAAAUGAUCAUGCUCUGCUACCAUGGCUCUUUAGAACUGUUGGGAAAGAUUUUAUUUUUCUUUUUAAUCACCUGGUAACAAAAGUCUCCCCUCUCCUUUUGUUUUUAAUUUCGUAGAGCUUAAUUUCAGUGGUAAAGGUCAGGUUUCUUCCACAGGUUUGUAAGAAUUUGUCAGUUAAAUUUUGUCUCACCCUUUGUGUCUUGUUGCCUUUUUUUUUUUUCUUUCUUUUUUUUUUGUAUUUGAGCCCACUGGGAUAGAUUUGUGAGGAAAAAGGUAAAUCCGUGGAACACAAGCAUAGAAAAAUUGGAAGGUCAUCAAGUCAAACAGAUCUGAAUUUGUUUUUAUAUAAAACAGAAGGUCUUUUUGCCUAUAUGGCCAUAGAUUUAAAAUGCUGGUUAAAGUAGAAGCGAUAAGUGAGUUUAGAUUUGUUUUACAGUUAACACUUAAUCGGAAGUAAUACAGUCAGAAGGUUACGACUUGGGAGUAAAUGUUUCAGGUAACUUAGCUUUGUACGCAAUUUACAGUAGUUACUAUACAUUUUAUUUCCAGUUUCUGCUGUAAAGUUUUGCAUGCAUUUUGUAUUGCCAUUUUACUCCUGUUAAGUGUUAUUUAAAAUGUUUUGGAUUAAAAAAAAAGAUCUGGACCA